GUAUUUUAACCUUUUUUUUUGUAAAUUUUUUGUUAAGAGUUCUCCAUGAUAUUCGACGGACAAAUAAAACUAGUGCCACAAAGAAUGCUAUUGUGAGGAAUGGAAAAUAUUUUAAAUAUCGAGAACAGGAGUUAAGGCGGUAUUACACUCCUCCCAAUUCCACUUGUGAUAAAGACAUUGUCCUUACUGUUCAAUUACUAAAGCCUUACAAUCGCACUCCAGAAAUACAGGAUUCGCUCAAGAAUCGAACAGAAGUUAAAUUUCUAGUCCGUGGAGAUAUGCCACUUGUCAAACUUCGUGAGAAAAUAUUUUGUGCUUCCGAUUUUUGGUCGAAUUAUGAGGAUUUUGAAAUUGUUCCGCCUGAUCCUGAAUGUUAUUUUGAUCACAAAUUCCCUUCAAGUUUUAUUUUUGUCCACGACACAUUUUAUGUUGACAAAAGGAGAGCAAAUUCUAUUGAUAUUAGCGAGCCAAUAAGAGAAUUUAUGAAAAGAAAGAAAAAAGAUUUUGGAGAAUUUUAUGUGAAAGACAUGGCUGGAGUUAAAAUUAUUGAUUUUAAAUUGAGACUGGGUCAACCUUAUGUUUAUGUUCAUCAAGGAUUUUGUGAGCAUUUGAUUAUAUUCACCGAUUUGCGUUUAUUACUUCCUGGAGAUGUUCAACGAAUCGAAGAUUACCCAAUUCGUCUUUUUGACAUCAAAACCCAAAAACUUUGUUGUGCUUGUAGCGACGAAAUUUCAAGUUUUGUAGUUACUGAAAGUGAUCGUUUGCCAAAUUCUCCGGCAUUUUUCUGUUCAACCUGUUUUACUGCUUUUCAUUAUGAUAAUGGGCAAAGAAUUGGAAAUUUUAAGGCUUAUCAUUAUUUAAAUCAUGCUGGGACUGAAUAG